GGCCCUCUUUUCCAUGAGAGAGAGAGCAAGAGGAGGUUUCUGGAAGCGGAGGGGAAGCGAGCCGCCGGCGGCGACACCGCCGGAGAAGACGCUGACACCGCCCACCUCACCGUCGUCUCCGGCGCACUCAUUAUCUACAAGGUAGCUAUGUCCGGACUUGAAGGUUGGGUAGACCUCCCGGAAGGCCUCCUUCACUCCAUUGUUGCUCGGUUGGGAUCCUUCCCUGACCUACUUGCUUUCGCUGCCACCUACCCCUCUUGGCGUGCUUCCUUCUCCUCGUAUCCAUCCAAAUCAACGCUCUUGCCACCUCUCCACCUCCAACCUAAUGUCCCUGUGUGCUCUGCUCGUCCUCGCCCAUUUACUAACAGCCUCAUACCGAAACGUUCAUGUUAUGUAACUGAUCUGGCCAACCAGGGCACCUACAUGUGCUGUCAAGUUCCCCUGUUCAAUGGUUUUAGUAACAGCAAAUACCCACCGAGCUAUCUGGAUGGUUUUUCUUUCGGAGCUGUUUCCUAUGGCCAUCUCAUCUUGUCCAAUCAACAACGAGCAUGUCUUGUUGUUGAUGUGUUCACUGGUGUUAGUGUCUCAGCUCCACAACUACCGGUUGAUGGAUACGUUCUUCUCUACUAUGCUGCCCUCACGGCUCCACUUGCGUCACCUAACUCACAUCUCCUGGUCAAUGCUGGAGGCCACAAUUUCUUUUGGCGUGUUGGUAGCCAAUCUUGGUUGAGACGUUCUCCUCGCAAUGGAACAAUUAAACAGAUCGUGGUCUUCAAGGGCCAGGUCUUUGGCAUGGAUCAUGACCGCAGGCUCUAUAUCGUGCACUUGGUACCUCAGAUUCGCGUACAGAAAAUAGCAGUCGAUCUGGAUGGAAGCAUGACCAGCAAAUGGCAUCUUUCCCACCCGUGGCUUGUUGUGUGUGGCGACAUGCUCCUCAUGGUUGGCAGUCAGCAAUCUUCUCUAUCAACGGGGGAUGCCUUCGAAGCCUUCCGACUCGAUUUAUCGACUGAACCUGCAAAGUGGGUGAAGGUGGAGAAACUAGAGAAUUGGGCGAUCUUUAUCAGCAUCGACCAGAGGAGCCAGGCAUUGUGUUGCAUGAACCCAGAGAGAUGGGGAGGAAAGAGCAACUGCGUAUACUGCUAUAGUUCUAAAGGAUGGACCGAAUUUGAGUUGGGCCAGCCACUGCAGGGAGAUGCUUCCACUCCAAGAGUCUUUAUUUUAUUUAACUGUGGCAGUAUGUUGCAAUCUAUGUGGGUCGUACCCAGUAUGUUCUAUUCAUGCUACGAUGAUCGAUAAUUUUUUCGUUUUUGACAUGUGAUGAUCCAUAGUACCAGUCUUGAUGCGUGGUUUCUAUUGCUCGCUGUGGAGCUUCUGCUGUAAGAGUUUGUAAGUUGCAGGCUUGCAGCACUAUGAUGCAUCUGUGUACUAGCCCUUGGGUUAGAGGAAUAUUUGAUGGUAUUAUGCAGAGUGUUGUUAAUUCUAGCAUCAUAUAUAAAAAAGAAGCCAACUGUAACCUCGUUUGGUGAUAUAUCUGAUGGUACACAAGUUCUUGUUGAUCCA